UGGUAUUGUGUGUUGUUUAAUUAAAUUUAAAACUUAUAUUUCCUCUUUUUUAUAUUUGAACACUAUUUUAAUUAAUGUUUAAAUAUGUUUAAGAAAAUAAAGAAUUUAGUGGUAGACACUACUGCAUUUAUAAAAGCAGCUAACUUGUCAGAUAUAGCUGACAAUGUAUACACCAUUCAAGAAGUUAUCGACGAAAUUACCAAUGAUAGGCAACGGAAAAAGCUCGUGGUGCUACCAUAUGACCUAAAGGUAAAGGACGUGUUCACUGAGAAUAUAAAAUUCGUUACAGAAUUUUCUAAAAGAACUGGUGAUUACACUAGUCUGUCCGCCACGGACAUAAAAGUCGUAGCUCUCACUUAUCAGUUGGAAAAGGAAAAACUUGGCACAGAUCACCUUAAAACAGAACCGACGAUGCAGAAAACCGUUAAAGUUACCGGCUUGCCCAAUUUUCCACAAGAACAGAUGGACAACAAUGCAGAAACUAAAAGUAUGCCAAGCUCACAAACUGAAACAUGCCACAGUGGUAAAAAUGAAGCUGAUGAUAACGAGUUAACUGAGGAAAUCACUGAGCAAUUAAAAAAUGUUGAUUUUAAGGAGUGCAAGGAAAUUGACAGUGUAAUGGUCAAGGUCACGGAUGAUGUAAACAACAGUGAUAGAUCUACUGACGAAGACAACUCAGACAGUGAUGAGGGCGACUGGAUCACACCUAAUAAUUUAAGUGAAAAGAAAAAGGAAAUGGAGUUAGGGGAUUUUGAUGAUGAAGUUGAAUCUGUGGAGGUAGCGUGUAUCACAUCUGACUUUGCCAUGCAAAAUGUUUUGAAACAGAUUGGCCUCAAUGUAACCUCAGUUGAUGGCAGAAUCAUAAGGCAUCUCCGGACGUUUAUAUUUCGCUGCACCACUUGUUUUCAGACAACGAGUGUAAUGACAAAACUAUUUUGCCCGAAAUGUGGUCACUCCACUUUAAAAAAAGUGUCCGUUAGCAUUGACGAUGAAGGCAACCAGCAUAUCCACAUAAACGGCCGGAAACCAUUAACAGCAAGAGGAAAGAAAUUCAGUCUCCCCACUCCCAGGGGCGGCCAACACUUCCAAUAUCCUAUCCUCACUGAAGACCAGCACAUACACAAAAACUUCGCUACCAAAAUUGGCCGCAGCAAAACAAAUGCCCUAGACCCUGACUAUACUGCUGGAUUCUCCCCAUUUGCCAUGAAAGAUGUAAACUCUAAAUCGGCUGUGCUCGGUGUCAGAGCAGAUAAACAAGAUAUCAAAUAUUGGAUGAAACACUACUCAAAAGGCAAGAAGAAAUAAAACUCAGUAUAUUAUAUUUCAUAGUACUUGUAUAUUAAAUGAUAUAAACAUA